AUGGCGGAGGGACGAUGGCUGGCGCACGGGAUUGGGAUGGCGAUGAUGAUGCUGGUGCUCGUUGUACUUGCCACGUUCGACUUCUCUGAGUUCGGAGUCGUCGGUCCAUUAUCGCCCGAUGUCCUCCAGCAAGACCAGGAGGUCGUCAAGCCAGCAGGCAUGGCAAGCUUCCAGGGAGUUCGUGGGAGGAUGCAACAGCUACCUAUCCGCGUGUCGGGCAGCGUCGACAUCCCAGAGACGGCAGGAGCGAGCAGCAUAACGCAAGUGAACCCUGCGGUAGCCAUCCGCUUCACCCAGAGCCACGUCGAACCUCCUGCUCAGCCUCCCACCGUCCCUGAGGAGAUCUGGGACGACGCACAGGCAACCAAGGAGAUGGCGGACAAGCUGAAGCACGCGCUGACGAAGCAGGAGGGAGCAGACCAGGUCAUGCAGGACAAAGUGAACAAGUUGCGCGAGUUCAUCUCGUCCAACGCCAACUCGGUGGAGGAAGAAGCGAGCAGCAUCGACUCGAAGCUCACCAAGCUGAUCCAACAGAGGGCGACCCAGGGGCCCCAAGGGAAGCGAGGCGAGCCCGGUCAAGCCGGUCUCCCCGGGGCCCCUGGAGCUCCGGGAAGGAACGGGAUGUUGGGAGCUGUCGGGGCGCCGGGAGCGCAAGGCGUGAGAGGAGAGCGUGGCCCCACUGGUGCCGUCGGUCCUGCUGGACCAGCUGGUGAGGAUGGACCUCGAGGACCUCAGGGCCCGGCCGGACCCCCGGGAGAGAAAGGAGAGCUGGGUCGACAGGGGGCUGAGCCAGGCGCGUACCUUCACAGCAUCCGACAGCCAGCGCUGUCCUCGUUCAACCCCAACCUGUGCCCCGACGGUGACAAUGGAAUCAUCCGACUCGCGCAGUGCAAUCACCGAGCAUGCAGACUGGAGGUGCUGCACGAGAAUCACUGGGGAAGUGUCUGCGAUGAUGGUUUCGACAACACGAACGCGAGGGUGGUCUGCUCCUCCCUGGGUUACCCUGCACAUAGAGCAGAGGCUGUGCGAGCUAUCGGCGGAGGAUCGGGAAGAAUCUGGUUGGAUGACGUGAAAUGCAAAGGAAGCGAGGAACAGCUGACGAUGUGCGGCCAUGCCG